AUGGCUACUUGGGCUGAAGUUCGAGAACUCGCGGCAAAACUCAAAACAACCCAGGACAAAUCAAGCGCCCUGCGUCUGUCAGAGCGUACCUGGGUAGAUAUAGUAAAAUACCUGACCAACACAAAUCGCCUUAAACUAAUCUUCACAACAGAUGGACGAUCUUAUCUGACGCGAGAAGAACUGCAGAAGGAAAUCCGUGAAGAGGUUGAGGCACACAACGGUCGGGUUACUCUGAUGGAACUUGCUUCAAACCUUGAUGUUGAUCCUUUGAUUGUCGAAGCAAGACUUUCUGAGGUGAUCGUUGCGGACGCACAAUCCAAGUGCGCGGAUCGUUUGAUUAGUAUUCCAGGAGAGGUCAUCAGCGAGUCGUACGUCCGUCAGGUGGCACACGAAAUACAAGAUCGCCUGGAGGAGCGCGGGGAGGUUACCAUUGGUGAACUUGCUACGGUAUUCGGACUCCCUACUACCUUUCUGGUGAAUAUUCUUAACGAGUAUCAGGGUUUACUAUUUCGAGUUCAGAAGUACGGAGAGAAGUAUAUUACUGACACUUUUAUGGCCAAAAAUAGAGCCAUGGUUCGCGGCUACUUCACUGCAAUUAUGCGUCCUGUGACGCUUUCCUCCGCGGCUUCAAAGUUGAAUGUCCCUGAGAACUUACUCUCUGGGAUUGUUGGAAGUUUGAUUGCUAACGGACAACUGUGUGGCUGUUUGAUAGCUGGACGUGGUACGUACGUUCCGACCUGUUACUCUCGUGCCGAAGACUCUUAUGUGCGUGCUUUUUAUUCGCAAAAUGGCUACGUGGAGUGGACGUAUUUGAAACGGCUGGGCGCGACCGAUCCAGCUUCGUAUUUGCGUUCUCUGCUACCGAACGCUGUGCAUCUCUCCGGUGUUAGCAUGGGUCCGAUGGCCAUUGACCACUUGAAAGCUGUUGUUGAGGAGGCAGCUCGUGAUGCGACCUGGGCGGAUUUAUCUCAUUGUCUUCCAGCGGGGCUCAGUGUAAAAGAUCGUAUAGAUUUGGUUACGAAGCAUAUUAAAAAGCUUUCACUUCGUACUGUCGAAGAUGGACUGUUUGUUGUAUCAGAAGAAUUCGUAAAUGGAUGCAUGAAGCACUUUGAUAAACUAAUACGCGAGCGAGCAGAGUUGGCUGCACGGGAAAAUCGUCAAAACCUGGCCGCGUCACACUCGCGUAACGCUGCUUCGGAACUUAAUGCCGAACUAUCAAAACGUUCCCACCACACGAACAAGGGCGGAUUCGGCAUGGGUGCACGAGAAAUCAAGAUGAAGAACGUUAAGAAAAAAUACUUGCCAUCGAAACGUCGACAAGGUGGUGGGCAGCUGGAAGCCGAUGCAGAUCACGAUGGCUACGAUGUGUGGACAUCAUCUACUGAAUCCGUCUUUGCCAAAUGGAUUUCAGCAGACGAACUGAACGACGUACUGAGCAAUGCGUUGUCUUCAGAAUUACCUGGAGAAAUAGUCUCUGGCAUAGUUUCAUGUUUACUACCGCAACUUGAACGUUCGUUUUCCAACAUCCUGGAUUCCAUCUUUGUGCCGAAUUCCGAUACAGCUCGCAGACGAGAAACCAUUGCGCAAACUCAGGAGGUCAUUAACAACAUGCUAUUUGCAAUUCAGGCAAGCAUUUUUUCUGUCUCGCGGGAACGUCGGAUUAGCAAUGUUGAGGUACGCCACAGGGUUUUAAGAAAGGUCUCUCCCACGAUGGAUGAAUUACCCAGGCUUCUUAGGUUAUGCUGGUUAGGACAUGCCUCUGCAUCCCAGAAUACUGUCUACCCCCAGAGCUCCUUUCACGCAGCCCUGCAUUGA